AUGGCUUUACCACUACCGUUCUUUCCUCAAACCAGAGAGCCGUUCGGACGACUCAUAACCGUUAUGCUGCGCUUAAGCCCACUUGACGAAUUCAGGCUGAGAAGUAUUCGAAAAGAUGUCUAUGCACCGAGGGUCAAUACAGAAUUUUUGCCUAAUUUGGAACUCGUCCGCAAACUGGGAACCUCGAAUAUUGCAUUUAUCAGGAAGACUCUCUCUGACAUUGCACGCGCGCAAUCAAAAUUUGAAAUUGCACUGAGCAAUCCUUUCCUUGUAGAUAGAUCUGCAAGUUUCAGUCUCCACCUGCUAGCCUAUGCGCCUGCACUCAAGAUCAUGCGCAAUAGAGUCCGGGAUAAUUUAAAGGACAUUGUCGUAGUACAUAACCCAGAAAGGCCCUAUCACAAGGAUAAAGCCCCAUAUUUGCACCCAUAUCUUUCCGACGUUGGAACUUUCCCUUGGUCUCAAGAUACAAAGAUACUACUGAAAGCGGACAUUCCACCGGAAGAUCGAGACGCAUGGUUAGAUCACGCAAAACGACAAUCUUCUCAGAGGUUGAAUCCCGUGACUGCAAUCGGUCUCACCAUGGUGAUAUAUAACUACUCUCAUCGUGUUACACGUCAUGAUAAAGUCUUCACCUGGGUACAAGUCGCGGUUAAACAUAUGCGCGACUCAGAUAUCGUCUGCGAAGACUUUCCAUUCGAAGGCGAAGGAAUCCAGGCUUUUGAUGCUAGUAAACGAUAG